AUGAACCGCAACAAGACGGUCGACGAAGUCCUCGCCGACCUCAACAAGUCGCCGCUCUUCAUGACAGAAAUGGAAGAAGACAACGACGACAUCGCCGCCCUGCAGGCCCUCGCCUACGAAGGCUCGGCCCUCGAAAACGCCGCCGACUUCAAGGAGCGCGGCAACGAGUGCUUCAAGGUCCGCGGCUACAAGGACGCCUCCGAGUUCUACGGCAAGGGCAUCUCCGUGCUGUUCCUCGAGGAGCGCAAGCGCGCGCGGGGGGAAGUCACCAAGCAUCCCGAGACGGGGGAGCCCGAUUCCGAAGAGGAGAUUCGAAAGCAGAGGGAGAUGCUCGAGGCAAUGUACGUCAACCGCGCGGCGUGCCAUCUCGAGAUGCAAAACUACCGCAGCUGCUGGACGGACUGCGCGGCCGCGAUUCGCCUGAACCCGCGCAACGUCAAGGCGUAUUAUCGCAGCGCCAGGGCGCUCCUCGCGGUCGAUCGCAUCGAAGAGGCGGAUGACGUGUGUGCGCGCGGCCUGGCCAUUGAUCCGGAGAAUAAGGCCCUGAGGAGCGUGGCGGAGAGCAUCGUCAAGCGCGCGCAGACGCUCGCCGAGCUAAAGCGCAAGGCAGAUGCUCGUGAAGCGCAGAAGCAGCGCCGCGCGCUGCUCCUCAAGACGGCGCUUGCGGCGAGGGGCAUCGCGACGAGGUCGACGGAGCAGCCGCCGGAGAUGGAGGACGCGAAGGUGAGGCUCGUGCCGGACGAGGACGAUGCGGCGUCGGAGCUGGCGUUUCCGACGGUGCUGCUGUAUCCGCUGCAUCUGGAGAGCGACUUCAUCAAGGCGUUUCAGGAGACGCACUGCUUGGAGGAUCAUUUGAGUUACAUCUUCCCCUUGCCGUGGGAUAAGGAGGGGGAGUAUACGCUUGGCGGGGUGACGUGUUAUGUUGAGACGAAGGACGGCGGCCUGAUCAAGAUGGGCAAGAAGGUUCCUUUGCUCAAGGUGCUGAGUGGAGGCAAGGUUGAGGUUGUCGAUGAGGUGGUCAAGAUCUUUGUGGUCCCGACAGGGAAGGCGGAGGGAUGGGUCAAGGAGUUUAAGGAAAAGAGGGCCGCGGAGAGGGGGCAGAGGUGA